AUGCUUCUCAGAUCCAGCACCAGACAGUCAAUCGUGUCUCGAUCACCUAAUAAUACUAUGUUAACGCUUUAUCUUAUAUUGUUCGUUUUACCAACAAUCAUCGUGGCGGCAGCAGGACCAGCCACCAACUUCAUCAACAAAGACAUUAGCAAUAACAACUUGGACGAAAUAGUUCACCACAACUCAACAUCUUCACCACCUGUUUUCCUCAACAAUAACAAUAACAAGACAUUUGCAUUAAUCCAAGGAACUAAAUUAGAACGCGAAAGUACUUCAUCCGGUUGGCAAAUAAAUGCUGGUAUUUAUCUUGAAAAGUCGAUCGGUGACGGACAUUCAACCAUGUGGGAGUCAAGCUCCGAUGAUUCAUCCGAUGACGAUGAAAAUGGCUGGGGAUGGGCCAAAGGGGCAAGAAGAAGCAAAAAGAAGAAGUUUUCAAUGUUGUCGCAUGAUCAAGCAGCUGAUGCCAGAAAUGUUAUUGUCAAUGAAUUUGUAAAUGGAAGUUAUGGUACUAUUCGGUUGUACAGGGAUGAUGGUGCUGAUAGUGGUGGUGGUAUUGUUGUAAUUAAUACAACUGGUUCUGAUUUAUGGAUGGAGAACGAUGAUGAAUCAUUGGAUGAAUUGAGAAGGGAAAGGAGUAAAUUUAAACUGAAGAAACAACAUUCCUGGAGUGAAAUAGGUGACGAUGGCGAUGGCGAUAAUGAAGGUGAUGAUCUGUUGAAAUCAGAUGCCAACCACGCUUGGAACAAGAUUUAUUUUCUUGUUAAGUUAUACCUCUUAAUUAUUUGGAUAGUUGUAGCAGGAUAA